CGCAAAGACCCAAAGAUGCUGCAAGAGAUACUGCGAGAUUGAGAGACUCUACAAGAAACACGGUUAGCUUGAUGCAACUGUACAUUGAAGGUUCUCCGCUGCUCAUUAACUAUCAGCGGUGAACUAUUUAAGCGCUUGAAGGACGCCGAGGCCGGUCCCCACGCCGGAACGCACGUUUCCUGGCUCGCCGAUGGCGUGAUUGAAACUUGCGCGCAAUACCCAGCAAACUCACAUUAUAAUAUAUUCUAGCAGCCGACCUCAUGGCUAACGAGCCACCGCCCAAUCCGGGGAAUGAUUCCUCCAUCUCAAAGAGAGCUUCUUCUCAGCAGAAACAGGCUGCUAGACCGUCGAAUUCUGUGUCACCAAGGCGACAGUCGACGCAGGGGAGGAUCGAUGCGAUUCUCGAGACGGGCAGAGAACGGGCCUCCAGUAUGAGAAAUGCAUCUUGGUCGUCUGGCCGUAGUCCAAACCUCCAACCAGUUUCACAAUCCCCAGAUCAUGAAGACGGUCCCGAUGAGAGGACGGGUAUAUUCAUGAGGGGCAACACGAGAGACUAUCAAGCCACCCAAGUUAAUACACCCCCCAUAUCCGGCCAAACGUCUACUCAUGCGUUACCUUCUUCAGCACCUGCUACGAACGGUACUGCUAAUGGACACAACGCCAACAAAGAGAAGAAUAGUUGGAAACAGUACCUCUCAGGAAUAUGGGCCAUUGAGUUAGAAAACAAGGGCAGCGUUGCUAGAGAUCACCUAGCCUUGGAAAGAACAUUCCUUGCAUGGUUGCGGACUUCAUUAGCGUUCGCGUCAAUUGGAAUAGCUGUGACGCAGUUGUUUCGCCUGAAUACGUCCCUGAAUAGUGCGCCCGAUGAUUCAUCGUUUCAAACAAUUCGGCACUUAGGCAAACCAUUAGGGGCGUGUUUUCUCGGUAUUUCGAUCCUUGUAUUAUUCUUGGGAUAUCAGAGAUAUGUGCAGAGUCAGCAUUGGAUCAUCUCGAAAGGCAAAUUUCCUGCAUCACGAGGAACAAUUGUCCUAGUAUCUGCAAUUGCAUUUGCGCUCAUGGUUGUAUCAUUAAUCGUAGUUGUUGUCAUUCAGCCCGCUGAGACUUCUGAUUAGGUUAAUGAAACUUUUUUAUG